AUGUCUGUGGUAUACAACACUACCGAGGCUUUGCUCAGCCCCUUGCCCAUUGACUCAGGGUCGUGGGUUGCAGGACUUGCUGUUGUGACUGAAGCAAGUUCACCAUUCCUGUGGACACUCACUGCAAUUGUCGGAGCAUCGCUUCUCGCCUGGUUGAGAAAGCCCUGGACUGACGAAAAUGGUCACAAAAUCCCUAAGGGUCCGAUAGGGCUUCCUAUUUUUGGUUCCUUUUACUCUUUGACUAGGUAUCCUGAGUUGACUCUGGACUACUGGGCGAAGAAGUUCGGAAACAUAUAUUCCAUCUGGCUUGGAAACCAACUGUUCGUCAUUGUUUCUGACCCAAACAUUGCCAAGGACCUCAUGGUCACCAACGGAAACGUGUUUUCUUCUCGCAAAGAAAUGUUUAUCAAAAGCCAAACUGUCUUUGCUGGUCGAGGCAUCACUGCUACUCCAUACAAUGACCGAUGGCGCAAGCACCGCCGUAUUGCUGCUACAUGGCUGAGCCAGCGUGCCGUUGACACAUACUCUCCUGUCUUGGAUCGCGAGUCGCUCUCGUUGGUGAAGGCAUUGCUUGUUGAAAGCAAAGGAGGCCUGGCCCCCGUCAACCCUCAGCCUCAUGCCGGUCGUUGCUCGCUGAACAACAUGACAACUAUCACUUUCGGUUUCCGAGCGGACAGCAUCCACCACCCUCUGGUUGGACGGGCCUUGAAGCUCAGCCGUGAAUUUAUGAACUGCACUGGUCCCAUGUCAAACCUUAUUGAUUUUGUUCCUAUUCUGCAAUACAUCCCGACACCACUGCACACGCGCGCCAAGAAACUGCACAAGGGCUUGGUUGAGACAUACGGUGGCUUCAUCAAGGAAACUGAGCAGAAGUUGAAGGAAGGCAAGGAGGUUCAGGAUUGUUUGGCGAAGACCAUGGUUGAAGUCCGCCAAAAGGAGGACCUUGACGAUUUGGAUAUGGCAAUUCUUGCGUCCGCCUUCAUGAUCGGUGGUGUUGAGACAACUGCUGCUAUCAUGCAAUGGUUCUCUGCUCUUAUUCCUGCCUAUCCUGAGAUUCAGAAGAAGGCCCAGGAAGAGCUUGAUCGGGUUGUUGGACGUGAUCGUCUCCCUGGCAUUGAAGAUGAAAAGAAUCUGCCUUAUUGUCACGCUAUUAUCAAGGAAGUUGAGAGAGUUCACAAUCCUUUCUGGCUAGGUACUCCCCACGUUGCCAGCGAAGAUUUCGUCUACAAAGGAGAGUUCAUUCCUAAGGAUACUGUGGUCGUUCUCAACACAUGGACUAUGCACUUUGAUCCGGCCCGUCAUUCUUCCCCCGAAACGUUCGAUCCCGAUCGUUAUAUUGAUGACCCCUUGACAUCUGCUGACAGUGUCAAUGUCGCCGAUCCUAUGAAGCGAGACCACUGGAUGUUUGGAGCUGGUCGUCGCGUUUGCCCUGGAAUGAUUGUAGCUGAGCGUGAGAUUUGGUUGACAAUCUCCCGUAUGCUCUGGGCAUUUGAUAUGUACGAGAUCCCAGGGGAACCUAUUGAUUUGAAAGAAUACGAUGGCCUCUCUGGGCGUUCGCCAGUGCCAUUCCGCAUCGGAUUGAAGCCACGACACGACAAUGUUGCGAAGCUACUAGAGAAGGUUGAGAUUUAA